CUGCAUAUCUGCCAUGCUGGCUGGAUCCACUUUAGAGGGCCCUUGUCAUUCGGAGCAAGGCGCAACACACAGCCCGUCGUCGUAGUCCGACGCAGUUGGAUACGAAAUAUCUCGAAUGAGAGUAAAAUACGUCAAGGUCUUUUCAUCAGAAACUGAUACCGCAUAUGCACACCACACUAGAUGCGUCUAUCAACUUUUACUAAUUACCCAUCCUUACACCACCAAGCGUACUCAAGAGGAAUCAAAGGGUUCGAACUUGACCUCCAUGAUGUCCCACUUGACAUACCUUCCCCUGAUCUGACCCACCAACUUUGCUCCACCAACGAUGUCCCCCUCCUGCUCUUCAUCGUGAACCGUCCACUCAAACAUGCCUCCCUUAGCCUCAGCUUCCUUCUUCUCGUCCUGGAGUUCUUUCUGCAUCGCGUCCUCGGCCUCCGUUCGCUCUUUAAACCAGUUAAAGGUAGCUGUCAUGCCUUGGUCCUUUUCAAAGCGGAACUUGACGAGAGUGUUGUACUCGGUCGCAUCAGGUGUAUCGGGGUGCUUGCACUGCUCGAUGCGGUAAUUGUAGAUGCGUCCAUCGUCGUCGUGUUUCCAUUUAGUGUUCCAGACUUUUGGGUGGAUCUCGAGGACUUCGUAGAUCGGGGUCUUGGGGCUGGCGAUGUGGAUCAGGCAGUAGAGAGAUGGCAUGCUGAGACGAUGUGGUUGAGGUAAAGGGUAGGUUGAGAGUCAACGCGACUGGAAGCUUGACUUAUAUGCGAGCCACAACAAGUUUGUGUUGGCUGAUUGCUGCGAGAAGAAGGCGAAAGUGGCACCUUAGGAGGUCAUCUUUAGGAAGCAAUUGCUUGCUCGCACAUCAUGCUUGGAACUGUGGAGUGCCCGCAAUCGCGCAAGCGGUACACUCUUCUUUACCAGGUGCUAUCAAUCUCCACGCUCAGCCGCGGCAAAAUCGUACUUAAUUUUCAUGUAUCGCGCCUUUCCUUUCUUCCGGUACGCUUCUUCAAUCCAAUCUCCUCUCUUUUUCCUCCACUCUGGAAGAAUGGGUUCCUCUGCUACAGCUCGUAUUCAACCACUUCACUAAAGUGUUCCUUGGCUUGAGUUCUUUAUGAUGAGAGCAUAUCUUGGCCCCAUGGCCAUGGCCUGAAAUAGGGUGGCGGUGUUUGUUGCGAAGCGGUA